AUACGCGCUUUCUCAGUGUGCGUCAACCUGCCGAAAACGCGCCGCAAACGCUGAGCGGCGCUCACCUGUAGGAUCGGAGGGCGGUAAACUUCACCAGAGAGGAAGAGGGAUGAGUGUUUCACUGGAACCGCACUUUGAGUAACAUCUGUUUUUUGGACGGCGGGCCGCUCUCCCCGCUUCUGAAAUGCUCUGACGCUUGUCAUUCUCUCGCUUCCUUCCCUACAUGAUGUGGACUAUACCGAGAGCUGCUCCGCGCCUCCAUCUAAACCCUAUGAGACCACUCGCAUGACCCCAGGACCGGCGGUCACCCCCCCCCAUUUUAAUCGAGUUUGGAUACUCACCGUUGCGGGGGUUUUUUUUGUCACCACACAAAUCUCGUUUGUACCGAUUUUUUUUAACAUAACACCUGACAGCAGCAGCUCCCCGAGCGACCCCCUGGAAAUAAUCUGUAUUUAUUAUCAUUGUUAAAUCCGUGAGAGCCAAAAUAAAGAAACACGUGAUAAGCUCCGUCAUCGUCCCCGGGGAAUUUCGCAAGCCCUCAGCCGGGCGCAGGGUAUCUUAACGGGAGGGUCGCGUGCUGAGCCAGUUCACGGGUACGGCUGUCACCGCGUCAUGGUUCCGCCUCUCGAGGGCCACACUCCGGGUCGGACCCGCCGCAUGAGGACGUAAGACGCCGCGCCAGAGAAAAGGGCUGAAUCAUUUGACUGCGGAGGCAGGGGGCUUCCCGCUGCGCAGAGAAUGGCCUUCUGGUGGAAGGGUUUCAGCCUCCUGUCGUGUCUGGCUCUCUUGGUCCUGCUGGGGUGCCAGCCGGUCAACGGGCGGUCCUUUCAACACCACAGCUCACACCGGCACACCCGGGCCAACCAUGACCACAGGCAGCACCAGAAUAUUACGCUGGCCAUCAUUUUACCGGAGAAAAACAUGGACUAUCCAUGGGCCUGGCCUCGCAUCGGACCCGCCCUGGAGCGAGCCCUCCAAACUGUCAACUCCGACCCGGUCCUACUUCCAAACCACCACCUAACCUAUGCCUUUAAGAACAGCGAGGACAAAGAUGGUAUCUGUUCUGAAUCUAUUGCCCCACUCAUGGCAGUCGACCUGAAGUUAGCCUAUGACCCCUGGGUCUUCAUCGGACCUGGGUGCUCCUACACAUCUUCCCCUGUGGGCCUCUUCACUACCCAUUGGGAUAUUCCUAUGGUGACAGCGGGCGCACCGGCCGUCGCCUUCGAUGGCGGCGUGUACCCCUCUAUUACCAACACGGGCCCCACACACAAGAAGCUUGGCAAGUUCGCCCUGCACAUCUGUGAGCACUUUGGCUGGCGAGAGCAUGUUAUGCUCGCGUUCAAUGACAACAAGGUGGAUGACCGGCCGUGUUACUUUGCCAUGGAGGGUCUCUACACCGAGCUGAGAAAGGUCAACAUCACCGUCUCAGACCGAGUGUUUGAGGAGAACAAACCGCCUCUCAACUACUCAGACAUUAUCUUUGAUAUUCAGCAGGCUGGACGAGUGGUCUUUAUCUGUUGUUCCCCGGACGUCUUCCGACAGCUGAUGGUUCAGUUCAGGCGGGAGGGACUUCCUCGGGAGGACUAUGUCUUCUUCUACAUCGAUGUGUUUGGAGACAGCCUCAACUCUAACCACAGGCAGCCCUGGGCCCGGGGCGACCAGGAUGAUCCCGAUGCUAAGGAGGCCUUCCAGAGUGUGAAGAUCCUGACAUACAGAGAGCCUCAAAAUCCAGAGUACAGAGAGUUUGUCAGCCGCCUGAAGACUGACGCCAGGAAGCUGUUCAAUUACACCAUGGAAGACUCACUGAUGAACAUCAUUUCCGGAGGCUUCUAUGACGGUCUGAUGCUGUACACCCAUGCCUUGAACGAGACCAUCACUGCCUCCAGGGGGCGCCCUCCAGGCAAAACGGUCACCAGGAAGAUGUGGAAUCGAACCUACCACGGUGUAACAGGAAUAGUCCAGAUAGAUGAGAAUGGAGACAGAGAGACGGACUUUGCUUUGUGGGACACAGCCGACACAAACUCCAGCGUCUUUCAGAUCGUGUUAGUGUACAACAGCUCAGAGGAACAGCUGACGGCAAUCCCGGGAACUGUCCUUCACUGGCCAGGGGGCGCUGUUCCCCCUGACAUCCCUUUCUGCGGUUUCAAAAACGACAACUCUGUCUGUCUGGCAAAGACUGUCCCCAUCCACCAGAUGGUCUCCAUCGUGGUGGCCUUCAUCGUCAUCAUGGUCGUCACCAUCACUGUCUUCAUCUACAGGAGGCUGAAGCUGGAGAAGGAGUUGGUGGCUCAGCUGUGGAGGAUCAGCUGGGAUGAUAUCCACAUGGAAAAUCUGGACAAGGUCCUACGCAGUGGGAGCAAGCUUACUUUGUCACUGAGAGGCUCCAACUAUGGCUCUCUGAUGACUGGAGAUGGAAACUUGCAGGUUUUUGCCAAGACUGGAUUUUACAAGGGAAACAUUGUAGCCAUUAAAUACAGCAGCAGUAAACGCAUUGAGCUGAGCAGGAAGGUCCUGUUUGAAUUUAAACACAUGAGAGAUGUGCAAAACGAUCAUCUGACCCGUUUCAUUGGAUGUUGUAUAGAUGUCCCAAACAUCUGCAUAAUUACAGAAUAUUGUCCCCGAGGAAGCCUACAGGAUAUCUUGGAGAAUGACAGCAUCACUCUGGAUUGGAUGUUUAGAUAUUCCCUCAUCAACGACAUCGUAAAGGGCAUGGUGUUCCUCCAUAACAGUGUCAUCAUGUCUCACGGGAAGCUGAAAUCGUCCAAUUGCGUGGUGGACAACCGCUUCGUCUUGAAGAUCACUGACUAUGGCCUGUCCAGCUUCCGCACAGAGAUAAACUACACCGAGGAUGCCCACGUCUACUAUGCACGGAGAUUAUGGAUGGCCCCUGAGCUUUUGAGAAUGGAGGCUCCUCCUCCCGGUGGGACACAGAAAGGCGACGUCUACAGUUUUGGCAUUAUCCUCCAGGAGGUGGCGCUGCGCAAAGGAGCCUUCUACUUAGAGGGAGAACCCCUCAGCCCCAAAGAGAUUGUGGACCGGGUCAUACAGGGGGAGUGGCCGUGUCUAAGGCCUACCAUCGACCCCCAGAGCCACAGCCCUGAGCUGGGUCAGCUGAUGCAGCGCUGCUGGGCAGAAGAACCCACAGAGAGACCCGAGUUCAGCCACAUCAAGUUCCUGAUCCUCAAGCAGAAUAGGGAGUCCAGAACCAACAUCCUGGACAACCUGCUGUCUCGUAUGGAGCAGUAUGCUAACAACCUGGAAGAGUUAGUGGGGGAGAGGACACAGGCCUACCAUGAAGAGAAACGCAAGGCGGAGGCCCUGCUGUACCAAAUACUGCCACAUUCUGUAGCAGAGCAGUUGAAGAGAGGGGAGACGGUCCAAGCUGAAGCCUUUGACUCAGUCACCAUCUACUUCAGUGACAUUGUGGGCUUCACUGCUAUCUCUGCUGAGAGCACUCCCCUAGAGGUGGUGACCCUGCUUAAUGACCUCUACACCUGUUUCGAUGCCAUCAUCGACAAUUUUGAUGUUUACAAGGUAGAAACCAUUGGUGAUGCCUACAUGGUGGUGUCGGGCUUGCCAGUGAGGAACGGAAAACUUCACGGUCGAGAGAUCGCCGGCAUGGCGCUGGCCCUGCUAGAAGCUGUCCGCACAUUCAGGAUUCGCCACCGGCCAAACGAACAGCUCAAACUACGCAUUGGGAUUCACAGCGGUCCAGUGUGUGCAGGUGUGGUUGGUCUGAAGAUGCCUCGUUACUGUCUGUUUGGUGACACGGUGAAUACCUCAUCACGUAUGGAGUCUAAUGGAGAGGCCCUGAAGAUCCACGUGUCGUCAGCAACCCGUGACGUCCUGCAGGAGUUUGGCUGCUUCGUGCUGGAGCUGAGAGGAGAGAUCCAUAUCAAAGGCAAGGGAAAGAUGACCACCUAUUGGCUCCAGGGAGAGAACGACAGCCAGUCACAGAGUACGCCAACAGGCGGAGAGAGGGGAUUGGAGGAAAGGUAAUGAGGGAAGGAGAGGAAGACAAAGAUAAAGGCAACAAAUGAAGGAUGACAAGAAGGACGACAAGAAGGAAGACUGACUGGCACAUGAAACCAUUUAAAGGGGAGGUAUCUGAGGAAACAGGCAAACAGAUCCCCGCAUACUUUGACAAGGAAGGAGAUAAAUGAGCUUUGUUGUGAAGAAAGAAUCAUGUGACCUUUAAUAGACCCAAACACAGAAGCAAAGAAAACAUGGGCAGUGAGGAGCCCCACGUUCUUCAACUCCGGAGUCUUUAUUUUUUUUCUUCUCUUGCAUAUUGUCCAGUGUUUCCAGUUUAACCUGUGAGUUGUUCUAAACAGAAAAUCAAACUAAAUUUGGGCUGAUCAGCCAUUUUACUUGGCAACUCCUGAAGGAUGAAAAGAGUGACAAGGUACCUGAGUUUGUAUGAAGUUGUUAAUAAUAUAGUGCAAUCUGCUGGUCAAGUUAUGUAAAUGCAGCAAAGUCCAAUGGGGCUUUUACACAAUACUGAGAUUUCAGUUUCUCAUCAGAGACCUCCUUACUUCUGUGUAGAUUUCAAGGGGUUUGGGAAAGUGACUUAUUUCUAUUUUCGCUAGACCAGUCCCAGUGGAAAUGAGGCUCUGCGGGCAGUAAUCGGGUGUCAACCGCAUUUCAUUUCACAAACCUGCGAUCUCUGUAAUGCCUUGUUUUCCGCUGACGCUCAUAUGUGAGAGCUGUAGAUACGAUAGAAAGCAAUUCAUUCCUCUAUUUUUUAGCUGUGUUUUUUUGUAAAAGAAAGAAAGAAAUAAAGAAAUGCGCUUUUUCAGGAAGGUCACCCAUGGCGUAAAAACCCCAUCCAGCAUCCCCAACUUGGCAACCUCACACACUGUAACCUUCCCACUCAGGAGCCAUGUCAGCAGGUCCUAAAGUUCCCUUCUGCUUCUUACUCUGGGUCAAUAUUGUUUGUGACUGUUUUGAGCACCACACAGAUCACACAACCAGACAUGGCUACAGCUGUGGAAGGACUCAAAAAAGGUGUUACAAGUGGAACUAUCACUAAUACUGCCCUUGACAUAAUUAGUUUUUAGCUAGAGGGCCCCAUCAGGGUUGGACUAUUAGAACCAGUUCAAAAUACUGGUGGAUGGAGGUGAGGGUCAUCUCUAUGGGGCACAGCAGCACCCCCUGUAGCCGGUAGGGAUUCAGAGAGUAGCUGAGGAAUAUUCAGGAUUACUGAAGAUUGAACCUGAGACAUCUCAGUGACAGGACGAUUUGCGUAACCACAAACACAUCCUGCUGGAUUCACGGAGCCCUGCUGACCUCCUGGUGACACCGCACCACCACCACCACCAUGUCCAGAGGAUAUGAAGAAACUGUCAUUCCUUAAGCAGCAAUAACAAUAGAAAAGAAUCUUUUGCCUGGAGGAAUUCUGCCUCUCAGAGGAUCCGUGUUGAUGAACUAAAUGCUCAGUGACAUCAGAAUGUGUCUGUGAGACCUCCCUAGGACAGAUGUUUCAAUGUAGUGCCAUAUGUUUAGGGCCGACAUCAAAUCGGUGAUUGAAAUUUGAUAGAGCAGUUCCGCUGCAAACCAUUAUACUGAACUGUAAUUCCUCGCCUGAAAUUCCUCUCAAAUCUAUAAAGCGUCCCAUUUAUUCUGUGAAGGUCAAAGAUUUGCAGCACAUUACUUUGCAUCCUUUAAAAGGAAACGGGGCUUACAGUAAAGUGUCAAACCAGCAGUGUUUAUUAGUGAUGAGCUGUAACGGCCUCAAUAGAAUGCUGUGAAAGAAAUCUCUUGCCCGUCUCGUUCUUUACACAGAUGCAAACA